AUGUCUUUUUCAGAGGUCUUCACUAGUUUGAUGAGAUCUUUCCAAGUCGCCGCUAAACCAGAUGUUGCCUAUUACUUUGGUCUCAUCGGUCCCGACAGAAUUGAAGAGGCUCGUCGCUUAGGGCAAGAAGGCAAACGACUUGCUCUUCAAGAGAAGUGGGUGGAAGCUUCUCAUGCUCGUGAUCAGCUGGAGAAUCUCAUGUCCGAGAUGAGUGGUGGAUUGAAUCUCUAUGAUAUUCGUACGACUGAUGACUAUGGCUGGCAAGAUGAGCGUCUUGACUAUUUCCUCAACCUCCCUGAAGUCAAGGAAGCUCUGCAUGUGCCAGCUUCUAGAUCGUUCGGGACGGAAGUAGCUGUUGGUGAGCACAUGAGCGCUGAUAUCAUGAAGCCUAUGGUUCACUGUCUUCCCCCUCUUCUCAAUGCUAACAUAACGGUUAUGCUCUUCGAGGGAGAGAUGGAUUCUAAAGAUGGCCUGUUAUCAACGGAAGCCUGGAUUCCUGAGAUGAUUUGGAACGGGAUGGAUGAGUAUGCUAUGAGCCCUCGUCAUGUGUGGAAGGGAACUGAUGCUAGCAAUCUCGAAGAGGCUGUCUACGGUUAUGAACGUCAUGGUGGAUCAUUCAGUCAUUACUCUGUCCGGAAUGCUGGCCAUAUGGUGCCAAUGAAUCAACCGGAAGCUGCGAUGAACUUGAUCGACCGUUUUAUUAGUGGCGCUGUGGAAUCACUUCAUACUACGAAAAAUGCUGACAAUACCGAAGAUGAGCGUCGGGGAGUGCACUCGGCUCGGUUACCUGAGCAUAUUGGGGAAGCCCACGAUUACAUCGGCAGUGGGUAG